AUGACGGCGACUGCACCAGAACUGUCUAAGUCAGAUUUCUUCGAUUUCGUAACCUCCAACGAAUUUACAGAUGCACAGUAUAAACAACAAAUGCGUUCCGUAAACGUUUUCAUGGAAUCACCAGAUUCGAGGUCGAAUCCUUUAUUGUCUGAAGAACCUAAGGAACAGAAUAACAAUAACUUACUGAGUGUAACAGGAGGACACUCUACAGUAAAUAACAUGGCUACGGCUACAACUUCUAACGCGUUACAAAGUUUUGACUCUAUUUGGAACGUUGAUCGCGAUCGAGAUCGCUUAGAAACAGCAAUGCUGGAAGAUCUUAAUAAAUUUUACUGGAAUCAAGAUAGUGAAAUAAGUAGAACGCACCCUUGCACUGACACUGCCAUCUCUAACAAACUUAUUAGUAACAACACGGAUGGGCAAAUUUAUACUCUAACCGUUCUAAAUCAAGAUAUGGUUGAACCAAAUCCAAAUCGUUAUUGGGGAAAAGAAGAAGAUGUCUCUAUGUCAAGUCCAACUGAUAUAGAACAACAAUCUUCGUUAGAUCUCGAGUCAAUAUUAAAUAUGAACGGCUUUCCAAAUGAUUUCAAUCAAGACGCUUUGAGUGCUAAUAUACUUCCAAAAGUUGAAAACUUUAAUUAUGAAGACGGUGAAUCAGAAAAUCAAAGUGUUGAUAUGAGUACAAGUAAUAUGGUUAAAGUUGAACCAUAUAAUUACGAUGAAAAUGACUUUCAAAGUAAUGAUAAGAAAGAUGAUUCAUGUAGUUCUAUAAUUGGUACACAGAAUAUAUUAGAUAGUCAAACGGAAUUCAAUAAUAAUAAUAAUGACUGGAAACUUACAGAUCAAAACACGGAAUCUAAUGAAUCUCUACUUAGAAGUGCCCUUCAAGGCAAAGCUUUUAUUAGAUAUAGUGCCGUACAAAAGGCCAAUAUAUCAAAACUUGACGCAGAGACAGAGUUGAAAAGGGUUAUCAUAAACAACAAUAAUAAAGCUGACGUACCUUCAAUGUACCAAGAUAAUAAGGAAAGUGAAACUGAACUUUUGAUGGCAAUUGCACCGCAAAAUGGAAACGUCAAUAUUUCUAUAUUACUAGAGGAUCCAAGUACAACUGUUAUUUCUAACGGAGAAAAUCCUACAUCUACACACAGCGUCGAUGACAUUCUUCUUUCACAAUUGGAUGCUAAUUACCCUGAUGAUUACGAAAAGUUAAAAAGAAUAGCAACCGAGUUAGGUGAAUCAGUGCAGCCAUUUUGCACUGUUGAACCUAUUGAUCCGGCACGGAGUGUUUACAAUAUACACCAUGUUAAUGGAGAAUUAGUAACAAUGAUACCUGCUAGUGAAGUGCAACUAUCCCAACACUUACAAAUCGUUACAACGUCACCCACUGUAACAAGCACGAAAUCUGUAAGUAAAAAAUAUAAAAGGGUUCAUAAUAAGAAUUCUCCGCCAGCAACACAAUCGCAAUCAGGGACUGCAAUUCAAGCAGCCACCUCAACGUCAAAUGGCGUUAGAAAAGAAAGGUCUCUUCAUUAUUGUUCGAUUUGUUCAAAAGGCUUCAAAGAUAAAUACUCUGUAAAUGUCCACGUUAGAACACAUACAGGCGAAAAACCGUUCUCCUGCUCUCUAUGUGGUAAGAGCUUUCGACAAAAAGCGCACUUGGCAAAGCAUUAUCAAACACAUAUUGCUCAGAAGAGUGCCGCUGCCAAUGGCGCUGCAAAACCGAGUAAACAGAGGUAA